AUGAAAGCCAGGUGGCCAGAAUACUCCCAAGUGCUGGAUGAGGAAAUAGCCAAUUUGGCCCCAACACCAAGCAACUACCACAUCUUUGUUGAGUCCCUGCGAAAGAUAUCCAGACGAUAUAUUCCUAGGGGCUGCAGACAACAUUACAUUCCAGGGCUCUCGAAUGCCUCAAGGGACACCCUGGAGCAGUACGAACAAUUGUUUGCGGAAGAUCCAUUCAGCGAUCAAACCAUCACCUGCGGAACAGCUUUAAUGACAGCUCUCAGCGAGGCACGUGAGAAGAAAUGGAUAGAAACCCUGGAUAGAAUGGACAUGUCUCAUAGUAGUAAAAUAGCUUGGAAUCUAAUCAAGAAACUGGAUGGUGACCCAAAACUAAGCAAGGCCCCUGCCAAUGUAACACCCAAUCAAGUGGCCAACCAACUCCUUCUAAAUGGCAAAUUCAACUCCAAACGCCAGAAAACCAAAAUCAAACGCCUAAUACCAACUGAAAACACCAACUUUCAGAAAUCAUUUACCAUGAAAGAGUUGAACAAUGGUAUAAAUACCAUGAAGAAUGGAAAAGCCGCUGGGAAUGACGAUAUGUGCGUGGAACAGAUCAAAAAUGUCGGUCCUGGAACCAAAGAAUGGAUACUUAAACUUUUCAACGUAUGUCGCGAAACCUUUCAAAUUCCAAAACUGUGGCGGAAGUCAAAAGCUCUCCUUAAACCCGGAAAAAUCCAGAGUCUCCGAAAAGCUACCGACCCAUAUCCCUCCUUUGCCAUCUGUUUAAGCUCUACGAAAGACUAA